AUGCAUAUUGCAAGUCCUUUCAAUAACUCUAUCGGUUUAAAGAUAAGGAACAUUGCUCUCGAUAAGGAAUGUGGGAGUAAUUUAAUUAGCGCUUGUCAUCUAGCCAGACAAGGUUACAAUCACGUUCAAUCCCGAGAUGGGGAGUUUUUUUAUACACAAGCUCAGAAAAUAGCUUUGCUGGAGAAGUGGCAUCAUAGAUUAGGGCACGUUCACAAGGCCAGACUUUUGGCAAUAUUUAGCAAUGGAUUAGUUGAAGGAAUUCCUCAAAUUCCUCAAAAGGAACUAAAAGAUCUUCCUUUCUUUUGCGCUACGUGUGAAAUCGCAAAUUCCAUGCGAAUGUCAUAUCGUAAUAAAAUAGGCUCAAGAAGUAGGCAACCAUUGCAUACUUUACAUAUGGAUACCACAGGAAAGAUAAAAGUGAAUGGAAGAUAUGGUGGUUUUGGUUACCGCUAUGCAUUGUCAAUU